AUGAGCAAAGCUGCCGGCUCAACAAGUGGCUGUUUGGAUAUUUUAAACGUCAAAUCCAGUCGGAUUCUGGACAUCCCGUGUAAAGUGUGUGGAGACCGCAGCUCAGGGAAGCAUUACGGGGUGUACGCGUGCGACGGCUGCUCCGGCUUCUUCAAGAGGAGCAUCAGGAGAAACCGGACGUACGUCUGCAAGUCUGGCACUCAGGGCGGCUGUCCGGUGGAUAAAACUCACAGGAAUCAGUGUCGCGCCUGUCGCUUGAAGAAGUGUUUGGAAGUGAAUAUGAAUAAAGACGCCGUGCAGCACGAGCGGGGUCCGAGGACGUCCACCAUCCGGAAACAGGUGGCGCUCUACUUCCGAGGCCACAAGGACGUGAACGGCUCGGCCGCCCCGUUUCCCGCCGCCUCUAUCCCCGGACCGCCCUUCUUCACCACCGUCAGCCAGCUGGACACGCACAGCCUCGAGCUCAACACGGUGGCCAGCACGCCCGAGCGCCAGCAGACCAUGGUGGGACUCGCUCAGCCCACCCCAAAAUAUCCACACGAAGUGAGCGGCGCUCCUCUGUAUUUGUAUGAAGUGGCCACGGAGUCGGUGUGUGAGUCAGCGGCGCGUCUGCUCUUCAUGAGCAUCAAAUGGGCCAAGAGCGUCCCCGCCUUCUCCACCCUGCCCUUACCUGACCAGCUGAUCCUAUUAGAGGAGGCCUGGAGGGAACUGUUCGUACUGGGCAUAGCACAGUGGGCCAUUCCUGUGGACUCCAACACUCUGCUGGCUGUUUCAGGGAUGACGGCGGAUAACACAGAGUCUCAGAGGCUCAACAAGCUGAUGGCGGAGAUCCAGGCGCUUCAGGAGGUGGUGACGCGUUUCCGGCAGCUGCGGCUGGACGCCACAGAGUUCGCCUGCCUCAAGUGUAUAGUCACCUUUAAAGCAAUCCCAACGCACAGUGGCUCAGAGUUGAGAAGUUUCCGAAAUGCCAGCGCCAUCGCAGCCCUGCAGGACGAAGCCCAGCUCACCCUGAACAGCUACAUCCACACCAGGUACCCCACUCAGCCGUGCCGCUUUGGGAAGCUGCUGCUGCUCCUGCCCGCGCUGCGCUCCGUCAGUCCGUCCACCAUCGAAGAAGUCUUCUUCAAAAAGACAAUCGGCAACGUCCCCAUCACGCGGCUCCUCUCCGACAUGUACAAAUCCAGCGACAUAUGAAACCUGAGCGCGGAGAACCAACCAGAACUUCACAAAGCUGGCCUGGGACAGCGAGAGACCGCCUUAAGCCCAGUCCCAAAAACUCAAUCUCCUGCUACGAUUAUCGUCAUGUAACGAGGGUGAGCGUCCACGAUGCUUCUGGAAAACACCUCGACGCCUCUUACAAGUGAUCUCGCGAUGUUCUUAACAGCACAGAGUCCAGAUGGGAGACUAUGUGGACUGUCCAGAACUAAAGACUAGGAGGGGCUAGACAAGUUGACUGAUCUAAACGAUACAUUUCUAACUCGUCUCCAUCUAAUCUACAAUAUUUAAGUCUAGAACUUGCUUUUCCUCCAACGGCAGUUUGGGACAAAACAGAGGCAUCUUUGUAGUCAUUCUUGGCUGGACUGAUAGUUGCGUACAAUCACGGAACCAUUGCUCAGUGACAGAACCUUUUAAAGACUCUAAGACCAAUGAGCUUUUCCAACCAAUGUUUUCUCCAUUUCAACUUUGUUUAUUUCAUUUGCAACGUUCUGUCUGUGAGAGCUAUGGCGGAAACC